CAUCGAACAUUUUUAAUUCAUUCGAAUCAAUUUUAGAAACGCUUUUGUCGUAAAUUCGAUUUGUCUCAAGUAAUCAAUUUCAUAUCUAGAAAGUAUAUUUUAUUUAAUUUUAAAAUUCCUAAAUGUAUUUUAGAACACGUUUAUUAUCUACUGCAAAACCACGAAAAUGAACUUUGGCCCCCUUUGCCGAAUCGCUCGUCAAUUAUAUAAAUAUAAUUUCGAAGGGUAAUUAAAAAAAGACACCUAAAUAAUUACUCUUAUUAAUAGACGCUUCCUCAGAAGGAGAGAAAUUAGCAGUAUAUUAGCAGUUGAUUCAGCAAAAAAAAAUAAAUCAGGCACAAUGGCAAUCCAGACGAAUUCAGAUUGCUGGGGCAGCAUCCGCGAAGAACCUUUAAAUAUAGAGAACAUCUCCAGGAGUAAAAAUGAAAGUACAGCAAUUGUGUAUUUCUUCCAUGGUUCCGGUUCAAAUGGUCAUGACAUAAAAACGUGGUUGAAGUCCGUCUGUAAUGAGGAAUUUUCAUUUCCACACAUAAAUGUAAUUUAUCCUGACGCGCCGCUUCAACGCUACAGAUUAAAUCAAAACAUGGAAUCAAACGUUUGGUUCAAUAGAGAAGAUCUGUCAGAAACAUCAAAGGAAAAUAAAGAGUCUGUAAAUAAAAUGUGCAAAACGGUAUUGAAAAAUAUAGAAGAGGAAGUGGCUAAAGGAACGCCGUACAAUAGAAUAGUCCUCGGUGGAUUUUCCAUGGGGGGUGCCCUGGCUUUGCACCUGGCUUACAGAUUUAAUAAACCCUUUGCAGGAUGUUUCGUCAUCUCCUCGUUUUUGAACAACGAUUCUCUGGUUUACGAGGCACUGGACGCAGAUUCUAAUGCGAAAAAACUACCCCUGAUUCAAUUGCACGGAGAAAGCGACACUUUAAUUCCGCUUAAAUCGGGAUUAAAUUUGCAAAAAAAAUUAGGCGAGAGAGGUGUGAACGUAACUUUCAAAUCCUAUGCUAAUACGGACCAUGAAAUUGUUAGAGAAGAGGUCGUUCUUUUAAAAGAGUGGCUCUUAAACACCUUGCCGCCAUUGUAGCUUUAAUUGUUUAAAUAUCAGGAUUUUGAAAUUAAAUUUUAAUUUUUGAGGUUCAGGGUUCUUAACUGCCCAAGAAUUUAUUUAAAGCAAACGCUCUCAAGAAUAUGCCUAGCAUUUAAGCUUGGAUAGAGCAUUUAUGGAGCAUUGAAAGCAUUUAUUAUUUAAAUAAAUAUAUAAAUAUCCACUAUUUUUAAAAUUUUCGUCUCCCGGUUCAUGAAAAAAUUAACUCUCUUUGCGACACCCACUGCUUUUUAAAUCUAUAUAUAUAAAAAUCCUGUUUCACGAUGUUUGUCGCCACUAAACUCCGAAACUACUAGACCGAUCUUGAUGAAAUUUUGUAUACUGAGUGUAAUUUGGUCCAAAUUAAAGGAUAGGAUACUUUUUAUCUCAUCUAAUUAUCUCAAUAUGUUUUUAUUGCAAAUUAAAUGUUUUUAUUUGUGUACUUCCCAAUUUUCUGACAGCGGAAGUCGAUAAAUAUCAGCAACCCCUUUUGCAAGAAAUGGGUUGACUCUAAAUCAUAUAAUAAGAAGGAUAAGAAAAUUUUUUGUUAAAUGCACGCGCGCAAAUCGCGCGUUCAUGCUGCUGAUUUUCUAUUUACUAACAUGAAAAUAUACAAAAUUAAAAAUCCACUAUUAAACCAAUUUUUUUUAAUAUAAAGUUUCAAAUAUUUUCAAAACAAUAAUUAAAAAUUUCGAAUUUCAAGCGUCUGAAAUUAAAA